GUAAUAGAACUGGAAAUCUUACAUUUGUAUAAUCUCUGCUAGCAUCUGAUAAACACAACAUUCUGUUCAUGUAUUUGAUGCCAUUUUUUGUCACUGCUCACGUUUCCGUUACCUGCUCCUUGAACCAUAAAAGACACAUUCCAUUCCAAACCAUAAUUUUAUGUUAGAGAGUUGAUUCAUAGGUUGUUGCUCAUGACCUUUAGGGCACCAAAGGUAUUUUGACAAGGAAGUGCCUCACCUCCCUGGAGGAUCGUGCUGGGAAAGUCUGGAUUCCUGAGGAAGUCCUGCAGAGGAACGACAGAGAAAAAGAGAUUUUGAGAAAGCUGAGGUGACGUCAUUAGCGACCCGACCUAUUGGAUAGAGACACGGCCAUCGCUUCUGACGCCGCUCCGACUCUCUCAACAUUCAACGUGGUCCUCAUCUCACUCUCCUGCCAAACACAUUUCUUCAGAAGACAACAUUGGGACAAGCAUCAUGAUGAUGGAGAAUCCAAGUGAUGUUUUUAUGCCUGAAAACUGGAUUAUUAUGUCUACAUAAGUUUACUUAGAUGAACUUUAGUUUGCUAUCUUAGCAUAUAUUGUUACAUGAAACAUCUAUAUGAUAAAAAUGUUUGGACACUAAACACUAAACUAUCAUAUGUGUUCUGAUAAUCAUUUUUCUUUAGUAUCAUAAGAAACUUCUUUGAGUCAUGCCUCUGUGCAGCUGGCAUUGUGCUGUAUUUGCAGUUUUGCAUGAGACCUAUGGUUUUUGUGCACCUAAUGAGAAGCAGAGUGAUUUAUUUAUGAAUUACCUGGCUGGAGCAGUCUUGGCACACCGUGUCUGUAAAAGAUGGGAGGUGUGUGUGUAGGUGUGUGUGUUGUAUAUGUGAAGUUCGAGGUUACUUUUUUUCCUUCUCUUGGAGUCACGUCGCUCAGCAAUUGCUGAUGCAACUCUUUGUCACCCACAGUUUACCGUCUCCUCCUGUGAUCCUAUGGGUAGCAGCUAUAUUCAACUUGGCUUAUGCCUACAGAGAUUUGAAGGAGGGUGGAAGCAUGAGUGUGUGCAACUGGGAGAAGGUGAUAGCGUACAUGCAUAAGAGUUUGUGUGAAUGUAUUUGAGCAUAUUUGCUGUGUGAUUGUGAAUGAGAAAUGAGUUUGCUUGUGUUUGUGUGUGCGUGUGUGUGUGUGUGUGUGUGUGUGUGUGUGUGUGUGUGUGUGUGUGUGUGUGUGUGUGUGUGUGUGUGUGUGUGUGUGUUAGAGCAGGUGUUAGCAUCCUCUCCCAUGCUGGGACCAGCUACAUCUGAACCCCUCAACCUCAUUACCUCAGACAGAGAAUAAUUGCAACCAACACACUGCGAUCUCAUCACACCGAUAUAAAUCUCACACUAGUCCAACAGCUUCAACGAAAAAAUCACAAGCAAACAGAAAAGGACUCUUAAACAUGGAGUUAUUAAAUAGAGUAAUUAAUACUAACAUUUACAAAAUACCAAAAAGUCGUUUAACCCCUUCAAGUUGUACUGUUAGAGCUCUGAGCAUGAGGACUUGGGUGUUUAAGAGGUUAAGAUAUGACCAUUCCUUGACUACUUUGAAAUAUAUGAGAAUUUGUUAUUAAUCAUUCUAGUCCGUUUCUAUUUAUUUAACAUGGCUGACUAUGAAAUAUAUGUUUUGUGUGUUUUUAAACCAUUGGGCCAGCAUCUGGCAGACAAGCUCUUCUUGCAGGUUACAAAGGUGCUCAAUAGACAACUGACAAUAGAUUAAGAUAUCAGCCACAGGAGAUCUCCAGACAAGAAUAGGACCUUGAUGUGGUGGAAAGCAGGAGGAACCGCUUCACUUUGAAGCUGUUUUUUUUUUUUUUUUAGAAUCACAAAAGCAACUAUCCAUUUUCACGGUACAAUCUAUGGUCCUUUCACAUGAAGGUGUUUCAUUUGAGCCCAUCCUGGGUCCACUAGAAAACAAUGGCAACCCAAGCAAUGAAUGAAGCCCCCUGAGCUUUUUUUCAGCAACAACAUCCAUAGAGAUUACAAAGUCGAAAAAAAACUCUGUGGAGAAUUUGUUCUUGAUGUGCACGAUACGGUAUUUAGAAAAGCAUGCAGCAAAUAAUUAGUGGAAUAAAAACGGGGUGCGCGCGCGCCGCCCAGAAAUAACGCAUGAAUCCCAUACGUGUAAAAACAUGACUGCGAUUCAUAUCUACAUGAUCGUGUACGCCUUAAGACUGUAGUAUACAUCCAGUAGUAUAGAUCCAGUACAAUUUCCCACUGUAGUGUGCGGUUUAGGAUGUAGCACCACGUCACUUUCGGUUUAUUAAGCUUGCACGACUCACUCGAGUCACGUGUGUCUACGUCACCGUGCAGCGAGGUAUCAGAGUUGCCGGAAUGAAGCCGUCAUUUCAAGCUCUGGAGCUCUCGCGGUGCGCAUUAAUCCAGCCCCGUGUGUGUGUGUGUGUGUGCGCGCGCGCGCGUGUGUGCGUGCGUGCGUGUGUGUGUAUGUGUGUAUAACGAGCAUGCCGUCCAGAGCGCUUGAACCGACCUGCGAAGGAUCCGCUCAGUCAUGGGAGUGCAUUACCUCGCCCGUGCGAUUUCCGCCAUCAAUAAUUUAAUCUAUCUGCUCCAAAGCUGAACAGACUGACGACAACUCGGCGCUGCUGCUUGGCAAAAAACAAAACAAAAAAAACAAAAAACAAAAAACAAAAAAAACAGCGCGAGGAAUUAAAGCUUGGUGGGAAAACAGGGGAUUGCGCGCGCGCACGGGGGACUUUUUUUUUUUUUUUUUUUGAUCCUUAAAAAACAUCCCAGAUGACACUGUCCCGUUGAAUGGUCUCCCUUUAGAACUGGACAGUAAAAAAAAGUUCCAACAGGUCAGAAGAGUGAUGACCAUCCUGUUCCUUACUAUGGUUAUUUCAUACUUCAGUUGCAUGAGAGCUGCGCCCAUGAGAGAGGUGCCGGGCGUUGUGGGGGGCCACCGAGCCGAGGGCUACCUGGGGGCCGCCCGGGGCCACGGGACUCCACCGAGUGGGGGAGCGCUGCCCUCGCUCACGGACACGUUCGAGCAGGUGAUCGAGGAGCUACUGGAAGUGGAGGGUGAGGCAGCGCAGGGCCAGGGAGGGGGGGGUCCCGGCAACGUAGCCACGGCCCCGGCAGAGUCAAAGGACGUCGACACGUAUGCAUCGCGUGUGAUGAUCAGCAACCAAGUGCCUUUGGAGCCGCCGCUGCUCUUUCUCUUGGAGGAAUACAAAAACUACCUGGAUGCCGCCAACAUGUCGAUGCGGGUGCGGCGCCACUCAGACCCGGCGCGACGUGGCGAGCUCAGCGUGUGCGACAGUAUUAGCCAGUGGGUGACGGCCGUGGACAAAAAGACGGCUAUCGACAUGUCCGGCCAGACCGUCACCGUGCUGGAGAAGGUCCCGGUGGCCAACGGGCAGCUGAAGCAAUACUUUUACGAGACCAAAUGCAACCCACUGGGUUACACGAAGGAGGGCUGCCGAGGAAUAGACAAGCGGCACUAUAACUCACAAUGCCGGACAACCCAAUCGUACGUGCGAGCCCUCACCAUGGAUAGCAAACGGAAGAUCGGCUGGAGGUUUAUACGGAUAGACACUUCGUGUGUAUGCACAUUGACCAUUAAGAGGGGGAGAUAGUGUACACAAUGUAUAGAUUUUAUUGAGAGUUCUAACAAGAGAGAAAGAAAAAGAGUAAAUAUCUAUUUGUAUAUAUACAUAACAGGGUAAAUUAUUCCGUCAGAUGAAUUUUAUGGACUGCAUGUAAAAAAGAUGAAGUUUAUACAGUAAAGUGAUACUACAGUCUAUUUAUUGAACAUAUUCAUGACCUUGUAAACAAUUAAAAAAAGAUCUGAUCAGUCAUUUGCUCCCAGUUCAAAUUACUAUAUCACAUUCCGCAAGACGUUGUGGUUUUCUUUACGUUGCCAAGAACUCAACAGAUGAGAGGAGAGAUAUUUAAGGGAAAAAGAAAAAACUUGCAUGCUGCUUCAAUUGUGAAUAAAAAAAAAAAAAAAAAAAAGAAACCUGUUCACUUUCAGAAAACAAGACCA